AUGGAACCUUCCCGUAAUCUUAACCAAUCCUCUUCCAGUUGCGCUGCCGAUGCGAUCUACGUGAAGCUGAAGACAAAUCAAACGUUCGAGGGACAUGUACAGGUGAAAUUUGUCGUGCAGAAAUCCUGCUAUCAAGUGCUGGUGACUAAUAAUCAGAUAGAGGUGCUCAUUCCACACGAAGAAUGCGCAGUACCGAGAAGGCGUUCUCGAUCACCGGCAGGCAUUUUUCUGGAAACUGCGAUUUCAGUUUCAUUUCAUCCCGACUUCACAACUGCUGACGAUCGUAUAUUCCAUUUACGAUGUUUCCAUCAGCGAGCGACAAACGGUAAAGUGCAAGGACCGGGAAGUCCCACAGAACCACCACGAGACGCUAUACGAACGCCUUCCUGUUCGUACACCGUGCGUAAGCGGCCGAACGGUCCCCUUGCGGGAACAGUUGUGCUCGGUCAAGUGGUCUUUCAUCAAUGGAGUUGCGAAAAUCACUGCUCCGUGGUCGGCGGCGAGACGAAACACGAACUGAUGGGCGCGGACGGAUGCUCGAAAAACACAAAAAUCCUCCCAAAUCUCGUCUACUUGAAUCCGGUCGGUUUCGGUCGUUCUCGAUCCCGAUGCUCUCGUUUUCCUCACUGGCCGGCGUCCCAAUUCUCUACUCCGAUUUUGUUUCGUGCGUUUCACAUCAAGUGGUCAAAUGCGUUGCUUCACUUGACAGUGAUUGCAGAAAGAAAAUACGGGAUUUCGUGGAUUCGUCGAAAGUAG